CACCCCCCACUUUCCCCACAGGUUAGACGUCCCCUAUAGAGAGAAGAAACCCAGGCUCUCCUACGUACAUGCUCGGGUUCUCACUUCUCUCCACGGUCGAGACUUCUAUUUCCCCGCAGCGCAAACCCUAGUGAGCAGUAAAAGAAUGAAAAUUGAUUAGAUGGCUCAACUACUUCUGAACUCGGAUUCUAUCAACAUGGAACCUGCAGUCCCGGAUUCUUCCCUGUCGUCUUUGUCUCCCUCCGAUCCAUCUCUGUCCCGUAACGUUUCGUUCAGCCGACUCAACGCCCAGGCCCCCGAGUUCGUCCCUAUCACUCUGCCUUCCACUCAACCCCCCCGUAUCCUUGUCCCUCCUCCUCCUCCUCCUCCUCCUCCUACCCCGCCGUCGUUUCAUGUACCGAUUCACGGCCACGUGAUCCCCGUUCAUCACCAUCAUUCUCCUCACCACGUUCCGGUUCAGUACCAUCCUCAUCCUCAUCAUCAGUACUAUGCCGGUGGCUGUGUCUUUGGCGGAGAGCAAGAAGUGGCAGUCCAUCACCACCAAGCUCAGAUCGUGUCGGAUCACGGUCCCACUUCGUCCUCGAAAAGUAAGCUCUCUGAGGACUCUACUCAGAAGAUCUUGAAUCAGGUGGAGUAUUAUUUCAGUGAUCUAAACUUGGCUACAACUGACCAUUUGAUGAGGUUCAUUAACAAAGAUCCUGAAGGAUUUGUGCCUAUAUCUGUUGUUGCAUCUUUCAAGAAGAUCAAGGCUCUCAUCAGUAGUCAUUCCCAGCUGGCGAUUGUCUUGCGGAACUCGUCGAAGCUUGUAGUUAGUGAUGAUGGAAAGAAAGUUAAACGCCAGCAUUCCUUGACUGAGUUGGAUAUGGAGGAGUUGCAAUCUCGCAUAGUUGUUGCUGAAAACUUGCCUGAAGAUCAUUGCCACCAAAACCUAAUGAAGGUUUUUUCAGCUGUGGGAAGUGUGAAGACAAUUCGUACCUGUCAGCCUCAAACCUCCAAUGGCGGAGCUUCUUCUGCACCCAGAUCAGGAAAAUCUGAUGGUAUGCAUUUCACUAACAAGUGGCAUGCUUUUGUGGAAUAUGAAUCUGUUGAGCUGGCUGAGAAAGCAGUUGCAGAGCUAAAUGAUGAGGGGAACUGGAGGAGUGGCCUGAGGGUCCGCUUAAUGCAUAGAUGCACUUCAAAACCUUCUUCAGUGCGAGGGAAGAAGGGGCAUGAUGGGGAAGUGAACUUUGAGGGAGAUGAUACUUCUACAGAUGAUCAGCAGCAAAACGAGAUAAAAUUGGAGUUUAAUGACCAACAGUCUGAUGUCCAUUUGCAUGAACAUACAGGAGAGGAGCACGCUCAUGAGAAGGAUGGUGGGCAGAAGAGAAGUCGUAGCCGUGGCCGAGGCAAGGGACGCGGGCGGGGUCAAUACCACCACCAUACUGUCAACAAUCGUGUAAAUCAUGUGGGAACAACGCCUUCAAAUAGUACAAUCAAUAUUGAGCCACCAACUGUAGCCAAGCAACCUCCUGGGCCUCGAAUGCCAGAUGGCACAAAAGGAUUUGCAAUGGGACGUGGAAAGCCAGUUGCUGUGAAUAAUGCUUGAUUACUUGGCAUUCUACAUAUUUUUUUAAGCAGUGUUUGCUAGUAUCUGUGCCUGCAAGUGUAUGCUUGGGAGGAGAACUGUCUGUCUUCUCCCGUGGCGUUGGUGCAUUGAUGGCAGGGUUUUACAAGGGCUUUCUAUCGUUUGUACUCUCAAAGUGGGUGGUCAAGUGAGCAGUAUAAGUAUAAUGCUUCCGUCUGUUUAUGUAAUCCAGCACGGAUGAUGAUGGUUAUGAUAUGAUACGAAAUAGUCUUCAUUUUUCCCUUCCUUUUGUUUUUUUUUUCUUUAAAUGUAUAGAGGGGGGAUAAAUAGCGGGGGUGUCACCAAUACCGUAUAGGUAAGUGUGAGUGGACAAAUGACAUUGCAAUGUAGAACUGACUGUUCAUUAUGUACCUCUCUUUGUCCGUCUCUCUGUAGCCUCACCUCUUGGAUUCUGAUUUUUAAAAGCAGUUCUCCAGUGUACCUAA